GCAUGCGCCACCGGCCUGCGCGGCUCUCUCAUUUCUCCGCUCCUGCAGCUGCGGGGAUCUUGGCUGGAGGAUGGAUUUUGAGAAUCUUUUCUCCAAACCUCCGAACCCGGCCUUGGGCAGGAAACCACCCACGGACUCCAACGCCGCGGACUCCGGCGACAGAAUCGAUGAUGAAAUAGAUGAUACAGAAGUUGAAGAAACACAAGACAAGAAAAUAAAAUGGGAAGUAAAACUGGAGUGUGCGCAUAUUCCCAAAAAAUUUAGGCACUUUGGAAACUCUAUAACAUCACCGAAGAAUUUACUACGUAGAAAAUCAAGAAGCAAAGACUAUGAUGUAUACAGUGAUAAUGAUAUCUGCAAUCAGGAAUCAGAAGAUAAUUUUGCUAAAGAGCUUCAACAGUAUAUAAAAGCCAAAGAAAUGGCAAAUGCUGCUCAAUCCUUACCAUUUCCUGAAGAAUCCAUGAAGGAAGAGGAAGCGCAGUGUACACAGAAAGCUGUUAAACAAAAAAAGAAAAACCUUAAAGCUGCCCACAAGAAUGGUAAACAGAAGAAAAUGAAGCGGAAAUGGCCUGGCACUGCAAACAAGGGAUCCAGUGCACCAGUGAGGAACAAUGGCUCACAGGAACAGGAUGGUAAACCUAAAGAGAAGCAGCACGUGCGAAUGAGUCAGGGGUUCAUCAACCAACACACAGUGGAACGCAAGGGAAAACAAGUUUGUAAAUAUUUCCUUGAAAGGAAAUGUAUUAAGGGAGACGAGUGUAAAUUUGAUCAUGAUGCAGAGAUAGAGAAGAAAAAGGAAAUGUGUAAGUUUUACGUACAAGGAUAUUGUACCAGAGGUGAAAACUGUCUGUAUUUGCAUAAUGAAUAUCCUUGCAAGUUUUACCAUACAGGAACAAAAUGUUACCAGGGAGAGCACUGCAAGUUUUCACAUGCUCCUCUGACUGCUGAAACACAGGAACUGUUGGCUAAAGUUUUGGAUACUGAAAAGAAGUCAUGAAAAUAAAAUACAUUUAAAAAGCUUUGUAUGGAUGAAGAGUGCUUAUACGUAUGUUCAGGACUGUUCAAGACCAAUGAUUUGGAGUGAUGUACUGGAUUCCUCAUUUAAAGCACCUUCUUGUAUCAUUAGGAUGACAUGCAGUUUCUUUAAUGGAUGGCGCCCUCGGAGGGACAGAAUCCAGUGUAUAAGUGAAAGGGUUCUCUUCACCCCGCUGUUGGAGUUCAGCCGUUGGAACGGGAGAGGAGAUGGGUGGCAUAGCUGCUGGCUGCUGGGUAAAUGUCACAGUAGGAAAUUACAGAGGUCUGUUUUGAUUCAUCUAGUUUUCUCAAUAAAAUAGGAAGCACGGUUAGGCCGAGUGAUAAUGAAGAGAUGCAAGACUGAAGAGAGAAAACUUGGGUUUCUCUUGGAAGGCAUGGGGUAAUUGAUAGAAGAUGGAUAUAUAGUUAGAAUUUUUCAUGUCAUUAAAUACUUGUACAAUGUUUUUAAUGGCUGCUCACGAUUCUAUUUUAUGACUUAAAUUAAUGGUUCUGUGACUUUUUUUUAAACCAGUUUCCUGUCAUUGGACAUUUAAGUUGUUUCCAUUUUCUUACUAUGAAAAAUAAAAGUGGAACAAAGUCUCUUACUGUACCAUUCCAAAACUUUGAGUUCUUAACUUUUUUGUUAAGAUACUGGAGUGGUUAUCUUUCUCAUUGGUUCAGAAACUGUAGUCAGAUUAUACACUUAUGUAAAAUGUAAACUUCAGUAGUGUGAUGACAUCUGUAACAUAAUACUGAAAUACAGAAUUGCCCAAGCACGGAUAAUGAGAUUCUAAACGGGCACUUACAUAGAGUGGUAUUGAUUAUUAUUAGAAAAAUACUGUGAAACAGAAACUAUCACCAUUGUUUUACUGCUGGGAAAAAUAAUAGCAUCACUAAAUUGCUGAAUAGAGGACACCAAAGUUAGUGACACUUCUUAGCAAAGUCCUACUUGAAAAUAAGAGUCAAAGUUACUUGGUUGCAACCUAAUCCACUAAAGCAAGAGAGGAAAUGAAGAGGCAAACCUGUCAGUGAAAUCUCUUAAAUUGUGUUCAAUCAAGUUAGAAGAGAGACACUCUCUUAAAUAUGCCCUGUGCACGUAAAGCAGUCUCUCAUAACUGGAUUGUUACAGCACCUUCCAGCUGACCUGCCUCCAUUUUCCAUUUUCUCCCCUCUGGUCCACUUCCCUUUCCUUAGAGCAGAUUUCCCAGUGUACUGCUUCAGCUGUGCCUCUACUGUGUAGUACCCCGAAUCAGAACCCACUUGUCUGCUGGGUUUUAAGUUCUCUGCAGUCUCACCAUCUCAGCCUGCCGAGAUCUAGUUCCUGCUGCCCUUGGCUCCUCUCUGCUUCACUUGGUUUCCUCCUGUGAACUAAAUCCCACUGACCCCUGCAGCUCCAGGCAAGUGUACUUGUAAUACAGCCACAUUAAUUAAAGCAUCUGGAGCAGAGGAAAUAUCAGUAAGAAAGCUAUAAUGGAUUUACACUUACGUGACCAACAUGGCUGUCAUGGCUAUAUUAAAAUUAUGUCUGAUCUUUUUUGGAGCCAAAACAGAAAGGAUGAAGAGGUAAUCUAUUUACCACUUAUUAUCAGAAAGGUAGAAUGCAAAACCUCUCCUAAUAAUAAUUUCACAAAAACAGUUCUUAUGUAGGUCUGCAUUAUUGAAAUCACUGAAUAUAAUAGACAAAACUCUCAUCUCUAAGAUUCUGUGUGACAGUAACUUUUUGUGAUCAGUUACUAAAAGGCACAUAACAGUAAAACUCAAAUUCUGUCAGUUUAUAAGAUAAUCUUUUUGGUGUUUCAACUUGAUCCAGGUGUAGUACUUAAGGAAUUCAGACCCAGAGAUGUUAAGUAGUUUGUCCCCUGUCUUCGUAGAUAUCCUGACUUCCUGCACAGCUGUCUCCAUUCACCGGCUAGUUUCUGAUAAGCAUACCCAUUGGGGGCCAGGGGAGGGGGGGUUACAGUUAAAGAUUUCUUCCCAGGUCACUUGUACAGAUCAAAAUACUGUGAUUGGUCAUCCAGCCUAAAUAAUAUUAGGGGCUUGUACUGCCAGUUAGAAGCACCAGCACCCCAUUAGGGGGUUAGUGAAAUCAGAGUCUCUCAGGGUAAGCACUUCCGGGACAAUUGCUAGGAUAUGUACGUGACAUCCUUCUUAAUACCGAUCACAGUUCUAUCACUGGCAUUUUGAUAGUAAAAUCAGUUGUUACUAUUUACCAGUGAGGAAACCAUAUCUAUAAGAAGGUCUCCUAGCUCAUGUUCUUAGGCGUGUAGCAGCACACACCUGUGCCCCCCUUCCCAACAACUUCGGUUGUGCUGAAACGUCCCCUCUUCUAUGGCAUUGUCUGUGCUUUGUGGAUGGUGGGCCCUGGCCUCAACCCUUUGUGGUGUUUAAACAAGGGUCUAAAAUUGUGGUCCUUGAUCUUGGCUUCACAUUGGAGUCACCUAGGAAGACUUGUAAGAGACACUGAUGCCUGGGGCCCACUCCCAGAAAUUCUGGCUGUGCGGUGGUGCUGGGGGGUUGUGCUGGGGUGUGGACAUGAGGUUUUCAGUAGCUUCCAGGUGAUUCUGAAGCACCGGCAAGGUUGAAAACCGCUGGUCACAACAAAUAUUGGAAGUGCCACUCUCUUUGCCAGCAGCUGGUCUAGGCUUGAAAUAGGAAUACAUGUCCUCUGGUACACUUCUGGAAAAGUGAUCAUCUCUUAAGACACAGGAAGAGGCUAGACAUUGCCGUGUCUGAAUAUGACACCCAGAACGGAUGCAGCUGUCUAAUGACUUCAAGGGGAGCUAGCAAACCAGCUGAAGAUGACAGAAGAAAGUUAAGGAGCUGGCUCCUUGUUAGCUGGGCCAUGGAAUUCACCAACCUUAGAAGACAGCCAGCCUACAGAGUGCAUGUUACACCACAUGAAAUUUGAUGUAUGGGUGUGUGUAUUUUUUUUUUAACUGUUUAAGCCCCUUUGACUUGGGUUCUCUUACCUGCAGCCAAAGGCGAGAUAAUAAAUGUGAGCCAAGAAUCAAACCUACAUUCAUCUCCCCAAAUCCACGUUUCUGCCCCUUACCCCUCUUCACUGAAGGCUUUGUUCACUGUCUUGACUCCUGUUGACAGCACACAGUAAGAAACCGGUAUAAGAAAAGAGGAAACACAACAUCUAGGAAUAGACGUAUUUGGAGGGUUAAGAGGAAAGAAGAGAAUAUACGUGUUUUUAGUAGGAAGGGAUAAGCUACCCAACUCACCUCAAAGUGGUGUUGGUUGAUUCCUGUGAAAUUUAUACUCCUUUACAUUAUUUAAAAAUGUGGAAAAAAACUUGUCAUUAAUUCUGGGGUACAUAUUGUUAUAGCUAACAUCUCUAAGAUUGGAUUGUCUUUUACAGUUGAUAGAAUAUCACAUUUUAAUUGGCAGUUUACAUUUGGUACACAAAAAUGGUCUUAUUAAGUUAGUGACACAUUAGACUUGAAUGUAAUUUUAAACAAGUUAUAUAUGUAUAUAGUCAAAAGUUUAUU